UGAAUAUCAUAUUCAAUCGCCGUGAUCAAACGCCUACAUAUAACUCAUCCAUGGAUAAGUAUUACUACCUGCACUAGAUCCCGAUUAUCUGUAUUGAAAUCCGCCAUCGAACACCCCGUCUGGUUCUGCACGCCUAAAUUACUUGUUUGCCAGGCAAUAUCAGACGAGAAACCUAUUUGACGAGAGUCAAUAUGGUAACGGUCGGUAUUCUUGCACUUCAAGGGGGCUUCUCAGAACAUCUCAGCUCUUUACAAAAAGCAGCUACCCAUCUAUCGGUCUCGUCAUCGUCAUCGCCAUCGUCAUCGCCAACGUCAACGUCAACCUUCGACUUCCUCGAGGUACGGACGCCAGACCAAUUGGCUAGAUGUGAUGCCCUAGUCAUCCCCGGAGGAGAAAGCACUACGCUUUCACUUGUAGCAGCACAGUCUGGAUUGUUAGAACCGUUGCGGGAGUUUGUCAAAGUCAACAAGAAACCAACAUGGGGUACAUGCGCAGGUCUCAUUCUCUUAUCCGAGCAAGCUAGCGCCACUAAGAGAGGUGGCCAGGAAUUGAUCGGGGGACUUGAUGUCAAAGUCCACCGUAACCAUUUCGGUCGACAGAUAGAAAGUUUCGUGACAGACUUAGACCUGCCUUUCCUAUGCCAGGACGGCGCAGGGGACCGGGCUGCUCCAUUUCCGGCCGUCUUCAUUCGAGCUCCUGUCGUGGAGGAGGUGUUGGCCGAUUACGUCGAGUCUAUGGAGCACAUGUCAGAAUCUGCGCCACCGGAGAUCGUCAAGCCCAUUUCUAGAGGUCAGGUUAACCAAGUCUUAAAGACGAAAGUCGAAGUAUUGGCAACCCUUCCGGGGCGUCACGCCUCAAACAAGGCAGCAGCUAUGGCAAGGAUUAAGACCAUAACGACACCAACCGGUAAUGGAGACAAUCAAGUUGCGUCUCCUAAAGGAGCAGGGGAUAUUGUAGCGUUGAGGCAAGGUAAUGUAUUCGGGACUAGUUUUCACCCAGAGUUAACCGACGAUAUUCGAAUACAUGCCUGGUGGCUACGUCAAAUAUAAACAUCUAGGUAUAAUGCUGUACAUUGGAUGGACCAGGGUGCUAGACUAACCUACCUGGUAGGCACAUGAAUGGCAUUUCUUGGGGUAUUCCGGCUUGACUUCUCCCCCCCUUCUCCCGAAGCUUCAUUCAACACCUGCUUUGUACAUAGUUAGGUACCUACCUCGUUAGAGAUACCCAAUUCAAAGGAUUUGGGCAGACUAAUUUUGGUACCCUGUUGUAGCUUCAUACUUCGUCUGGACUAGGAACGCGAUUUAACAUGUCGGAGGCGCCCGAAUUACAUCUAGAGCGGAUAAGUCAGCGUACAGCGUAGAUACAUCGUAUCUGGAACAGCUUACACUUGCGGGGUAUCGGUGCUAGGGUAGUACUAAGUACCUAGAUACGUAGAACGUGGAGUCGGCACCCCGUCGGCGAUCAAGAAUGGGGGUUGUACCUAUGUACGCCGUUUAGAAAAACCAGAACUCUUUAUUAUUCA